AUGGCGACCGACCCCGAAAAGGGUGUCGAACCCAGACCCGAUUCGGGCUCCCGCUCGAGUCGCGACGGCUCUACCACCACCGAUGUGAACCCCCCUUCGAAGAACCAGAACGACGAAGCUUCUAAGCCAGUCGCCGCCACCCCUCCUCGCGAAAAGACCUCGGCUGAGCACCUCGAUCUGAAAAAGGUCGAUACGCGCCUCGUCGAGAAGAGGGAAGACAACCCCGACGACGUGUACGCCCACCUGCCUCCCAAUGAAGCCGAAAUCCUCAAGCGCCAGGUCGUCACUCCCGACGUCAAGGCUGGUGUCGCCGCCCUGUACCGCUACUCCUCGAAGCCCGAUCUGGCCAUCAUGGCCGUUUCCGCGCUCGCUGCCAUUGCUUCGGGUGCUGCGCUGCCUCUCAUGACCGUGCUCUUUGGUAGCUUGCAGGGAACCUUCCAGGACUAUUUCACUCCCGGAACCUCGAUGACCUAUGACGACUUCAUGGAUGAAAUUGUCAAGCUUAUUCUGUACUUUAUCUACCUUGCUGUCGGUGAAUUUGUCUGCGUCUAUAUUUCCACUGUCGGUUUCAUCUACACUGGUGAGCACAUCAGCGCCAAGAUUCGUGAGCAUUAUCUUGCAAGUUGCAUGAGGCAGAAUAUCGGUUUUUUCGACAAGCUCGGUGCUGGUGAGGUUACUACCAGGAUCACUGCCGAUACCAACCUCAUCCAAGAUGGUAUUUCUGAGAAGGUUGGCCUUACCCUCAUGGCCAUUGCCACCUUUAUCUCGGCCUUUGUUAUUGGCUUCAUCAAGUACUGGAAACUCACCCUCAUUCUCUUUUCCACUGUCGUCGCCCUUGUUCUCAACAUGGGUGGUGGCUCGAAAUUCAUCCUGAAGUACAGCAAGCAGUCCCUGGACGCUUAUGCCGAAGGUGGAAGUCUUGCCGAGGAGGUCAUCAGCUCUGUCCGAAAUGCCAUCGCUUUUGGUACUCAGGAACGUUUGGCGAAACAGUACGACAGCCAUUUGGCCCGUGCCGAGUUCUUCGGUUUCAAGGUCAAGGGCGCCAUCGGUGUCAUGGUUGCCGGCAUGAUGUUGAUUCUCUACCUCAACUAUGGUCUCGCUUUCUGGAUGGGUUCCAAGUUCAUUGUCGAUGGUGAAUCGAAGCUUUCUAGUAUCUUGACCAUCAUGUUGGCCGUCAUGAUUGGCGCCUUCAAUAUCGGAAACGUCGCGCCGAACAUCCAGGCUUUCACCACUGCCCUCGGUGCCGCUGCCAAGAUUUUCAACACCAUUGAUCGUGUGUCGCCUCUCGACCCCACCAGCGACGAGGGUGAGAAGCCCGAGAAGGUUGAGGGUACCAUCACCCUCCAGAACAUCAAGCACAUCUACCCUUCGCGGCCCGAAGUCGUCGUCAUGGAUGGUGUUUCCUUGACUAUUCCCGCCGGAAAGACGACGGCUCUUGUCGGCGCCUCUGGUUCCGGCAAAUCAACCAUUGUCGGUCUCGUCGAACGUUUCUAUGAUCCCGUCGAGGGCGCCGUCUUGAUUGAUGGCAAAGACGUCAAAACCCUCAACCUCCGAUGGCUUCGCCAGCAGAUCUCUCUCGUCCAGCAGGAGCCCACUCUCUUCGGUACCACCAUCUUCCACAAUAUCCGAUACGGCCUCAUCGGUACCGGGUUCGAACACGAUACCGAGGAGAAGCAGCGAGAACUUAUCAUCGAGGCCGCCAAGAAGGCGAAUGCUCACGAUUUCAUUUCGGCCCUUCCUGAGGGUUAUGAAACCAAUGUCGGCGAACGCGGAUUCUUGCUUUCUGGUGGUCAGAAGCAGCGUAUUGCCAUCGCUCGAGCUAUUGUUUCUGAUCCUAAGAUUCUUCUCCUUGAUGAGGCUACCUCUGCCCUUGACACCAAGUCCGAGGGUGUUGUUCAAGCUGCCCUCGAAGCCGCCGCUGAAGGCCGUACCACAAUCACCAUUGCCCACCGUCUCUCCACCAUCAAGGAUGCCCAUAGCAUCGUUGUAAUGUCCGAGGGUAAAAUAAUCGAACAAGGAACCCACAACGACUUGCUUGAGCGCCGCGGUGCCUACUACAACCUCGUGUCUGCCCAGAACAUUUCCGCGGUUCCGGAUCUAACCCCCGAGGAGGAGGAUGCUAUCGAGGCGAAGGAGGCCGAGCUCACACGUGAGCUGUCGAAUAAGAAUGGAGGACCUACCGCCGACCCUGAUGACAAUUUCGAUAAGCUCCACAGAACGGCCACGAGCAAGUCUGCCUCCAGCCUUGCGCUCCAGGGCAAGGGUGGAUCGGAGGAGGAGAAGAAGUACGGCUUGUGGACUCUAAUCAAACUUAUCGCCUCGUUCAACAAGCGCGAGAAGUUCCUUAUGGCCAUCGCCUUCGCCUUCACCGUCAUUUGUGGUGGUGGUAACCCGACGCAAGCCCUCUUCUUCGCCAAAGAAAUUGUCACCUUGUCCGUGCCCAUUACCGAUGCCAACAGGCACCAGGUCAAGAAGGAUUCCGACUUCUGGAGUGCCAUGUACCUCAUGCUCGCCUUUGUGCAGUUCAUCGCCUUCGCCGUCCAAGGUGUCAUCUUCGCCAAGUGCUCCGAGAGGCUCGUCCACCGAGUUCGCGACAGGGCUUUCCGAAGCAUGCUUCGCCAAGACGUUGCCUUCUUCGAUAGGGAUGAGAACACGGCUGGUGCUUUGACGUCUUUCCUGUCUACCGAGACGACCCACGUCGCCGGUCUUAGCGGUGUCACUCUUGGUACCCUUCUCAUGGUCUGCACUACACUGGUCGCAGCACUAGCGCUCUCCAUCUCUAUUGGCUGGAAGCUGUCUCUCGUGUGCGCUUCUACCAUCCCUGUCCUCCUCGGGUGCGGUUUCUUCCGUUUCUGGAUGCUCGCGCACUUCCAACGACGAUCGAAGAGGGCGUACGCCGACUCGGCCAGCUACGCCUCUGAAGCCAUCUCGGCUAUCCGUACUGUCGCUUCGCUCACGCGAGAGGCCGACGUCCUCGCGCAGUAUAAGGCGUCCCUCGACCGCCAGCAGCGUGCUAGCUUGAUCUCGGUGCUUAAGUCUAGUCUGCUCUACGCCGCGUCGCAGUCUUUCACGUUCCUGGCCCUCGCGCUCGGUUUCUGGUACGGAGGAACGCUCAUCGCCAAGUUCGAGUACGACAUGUUCAAGUUCUUCCUGUGCUUCUCCGCUGUCAUCUUCGGCGCUCAGUCUGCUGGCUCCAUCUUCUCGUUUGCGCCCGAUAUGGGCAAGGCGCAUCACGCCGCGGCCGAGCUCAAGACUCUCUUCGACCGCAAGCCCGAGAUCGAUACGUGGUCGGAUAAGGGAGUGGCUGUUGACUCCGUCGAGGGCGCCAUCGAGUUCCGAGAUGUGCACUUCCGCUAUCCCACGCGCCCCGAACAGCCCGUUCUUCGCGGUCUCAACCUCGACGUCCAGCCGGGCCAGUACGUGGCCCUCGUCGGUGCCUCCGGCUGCGGCAAGAGUACCACUGUCGCGCUCCUCGAGCGUUUCUACGACCCGCUCGCCGGCGGCAUCUACGUUGACGGCAAGGAGAUUAGCACUCUCAACGUCACGCAAUACCGCUCGUACAUCGCGCUCGUCAGCCAAGAACCCACACUCUAUCAAGGCACGAUCCGCGACAACAUCCUCCUCGGCUCCCCCCGCGACGACGUCUCCGACGAAGCCAUCGAGCACGCCUGCCGCGAGGCCAACAUCUUCGACUUUAUCAUGUCCCUCCCCGAAGGGUUCAACACGCUCGUGGGCUCCAAGGGCGCGCUCCUCUCCGGAGGCCAGAAACAGCGCAUCGCCAUCGCCCGCGCGCUCAUCCGCGACCCGCGCAUCCUGCUCCUCGAUGAGGCCACCUCGGCCCUCGACUCGGAGAGCGAGCAUGUCGUGCAGGCGGCGCUCGACAAGGCUGCCAAGGGCCGAACGACGAUUGCGGUCGCGCAUAGGUUGAGCACGAUUCAGAAGGCGGAUGUGAUUUAUGUGUUUGACCAGGGGAGGAUCGUGGAGAGGGGAACGCAUACGGAGUUGAUGGUGCAUAAUGGGCGGUAUGCCGAGUUGGUGAACUUGCAGAGCUUGGAGAAGAGGUGA